AACGGUCAUAAACGCUGUACAUUUAACGUCAAAAUUUUUAACCUAAGAAAUGUCAAUAUCAAAAUAGCCAAAAAAUUUACAGUAAAUGAUGUGAUGUUCAAAAUAAGGUCACAAUGAGUGAAAACCUGACAGUUUUAAGUUAUAAUGAAAGUCUGCUAAGACAAUCGGACGUGGAACUCCUGAAAGGACCUUACUGGUUAAAUGACACAAUAAUCUCAUUUUAUUUCGAAUAUCUGGAAACUGAGCGAUUUCGAAACAUACCCUUUCUUUUAUUCGUGUCCCCUGAGGUAACCCAAUGCAUAAAAGUGUCACCGCAACGAGAGCUACCCGUAUUUUUGGAUCCUCUGUUGAACUCAACCUUGAGAGAUUUUAUUUUCUUUGCUUUAAACGAUAAUGAACUCAUAGACUCUUCGGGAGGUUCCCACUGGAGCCUUUUAGUGUUCUCAAGACCUGAAAAAAUGAUGUUCCAUUACGAUUCUUCUAACGGCAGUAACGAUAUGCAGGCUAUUGAAUUGGCGCAUAAGCUUUUAAGAUAUUUUUCCCUUCCGAUUCAAGACAAAUUUGAGAAUGUGCCUUGUCUUCAGCAAAAUAACGGUUAUGACUGUGGAAUUCAUGUUUUGUGCAAUUCUGAAAGGUUAGCAAGUUUUGCGGCUCAUUACGAAAAAAUCAGAGGCUGCCCCAAGAUAACUCAUGAAAUGGUAACACAGAAGAGAUGGGAGAUCUUGCAUAUUAUAGAACGGUUAAAACAUAAACAUCGGUGAUUUUUACUAAAAGAAAUUAAAUUAAUGAAAAUGUAAUUCAUGUAUAAUAAAUUUUAAAUUAUU